CCGGCGCUAGGGAAGGGAAAGAGACGAAGGGCGGCCAUGGCCGGGCCCGGGGCGGAGAUGGGGGCUAUUUUAGUCCAGGUUCAAGAAGAUCUUCAGCAGCUGAAGGAGAAGGUACGAGGCCUCAACCAGGGCUGGGAAGCAGUAGAUGUGGAAAGCCUUGAAGCUGCUAUUGAAAGAACCGAGAGUGGGCUGAGGAAACAUGCUGAGAAGUGUUUAAAUGCUAUCAACACAUCCGUGUUAACUGUUUCGCCAUCUGAUAACGCAGGCCUGUGCUCAAGACAGAUUUCCAAACCGGGAAUUCCUCCAGAGGCAUCUCAGAAAGAGAUCGUUUUCCCCGAAGCAUCAGCAGUUUCUGCUCAGCAUGGCAGCUCACCACCACACGUGUCUUCAGGUUCAAAGCACAAGCUUUCGAUGACACUGAAGAUCCUGUACAAUCCGCGCAACACUCGACACCGAAACGUUCUAAAUCAAAACUAUGGAGUCAGCUUGCCUCUAAUUAAUCAGCGAAAAAUGGUUCCUGCACCCCCUCAGAAGGUAGCCAAAGGUGUCACAGUGGGUAACCUCUCAGUGGCUCCACCUUCCUUCUGUUUGAAUAGUUCGUACUCUGAGUUGCCUAUGAGCAAAAUGGAUGAGCAGAAAGGAAUCCUGAAUCUCAUUGAGAGAGGGCUGAUCCCACGUGCUGCAAAGCUUACUCUAGAGAAGCCUCUUGUUCUAUUCAAACCUGCGGCUUUCCAUGAAUUUCACGCCAAGCACAGGAAAAAGGCUUCAGAUGGAGGCGCGGAGAGCAAGAAGGUGGCCCUUGGCCCUGCGCACAGCCACAUGAGCAAGGGCAGCAAAGGGACCAAGGGCAGCAUUGCCCCGCCCCCCUCCUGCAUCUCGGUGCUGUCCCUCAGGAAACCCAAGCAACUACUGAGCCCGGCCCUCCGGAAGCAGGAGUCCGCCUUUGCCUCUGCCUGUGUCCCAAAGACACCGGAAGUGACGCCCGCUCAAACUUUCCAGAAUUUGGCUUUGGACUUUGAUAUUCUGAUUCGCCAAGGAAACGUAGACUACGAGGCUUCUGAUCUUCUGGGGUUCAAACAGCACUGUUGCUUGUUCUGGGGAAGUGCCCAUUCCUUCCUGCUACAAGUCGCUGGUCUUCUGAAGGACUAUGCUGUGCCUUCGGCUAUCAUCAAGGGAAAGAAGGUGAUGGAAGUCCUUCCAGACUUUGAAUUUCACCAGAGGCCAACCAGGGAGGAACUUCUGUCCGUGAUAAAGAACAAUGUACUCGUCCAGAGACUCUUAAACCGACCCGGCCAGAGGUACAAAGGUCAGAACGGGAUCGAAAUGGCAGCUAUCAAGAUCCAGGCCACAUGGAGGUGUUACAAGCUCAGAAAAGCCUACGUCACUUUUCGACAGAGGCAGUGGGCCUCUGGCGUGAUUGCCAUUUCGUGGCUCGUGCACAUGCACAUGGGCCAAGUCAGAAAGACCCUGAAGGAAUCGCGACAGAAACACCUGGAGAAUUUCUGCAUCAGGGCCAAGCAUCUGGCCGCCAACUGGAAUCGCAUCAGGACCUCUAAGCGGACCGUUAUCCACGUCCCGUCAUUAGGGUAUACCCAACACGUUCGAGAAGCAACUCCUGAUUUUGCUAUUCUUCAGGGUUCACAGGUUGGAAGGCUCUGUGAAAUACAAGAUCCUAAUGUGGAUGUCAUCUACGUUUGCCCCCUUCAACUGAGCGAGGGGUUCCUGCAAUAUUACCAUAAGCUCCUCGGUCUGCAGGCAGCUGUUAGAUCUGGGGACCCCGAGGACAUCGCUGACCUGCAGGACAGGUUCAAAAUUCUCACCCCCGAAGCCGUAAACAGCUUCCCUAGCCGCCCCAUGUCCCUGGCUACAUUCCUGAAGUACAGCCCCAAGACCAUCAAACGGAUUCGCAACCUGAUCCAAGGCAAAGAGGCCUACAUGGUGGGAGGGCUUCUGCACCAAGACGACCUGGAAGUGGCCGACGCAUUAGGUGUGCCCAUUUUGGGCCCUGACCCAGAAAUCACUCAUCUCUACAGUUCCAAGUCAGGAAGCAAAAGGGUGUUUGCCGCCGCUUGUGUGCCAACGCCUCCUGGACAGCAUGACAUCUACAACAGGCAACAGAUGGUUGAAGUCCUCAGUCAGCUGAUAAUCGACUACCCGGAAGUGAAACGAUGGCUUUUCAAGGUGGAUAAUGACUUUGGGGGAAAUGGCACUGCCUACUGCGAUGUCACUGCUCACCUCAAAUGUUAUCCUUGGAUCCAGAAGGAGUGUCAAAGAUACGGUCCUGAGAUCUGGCAGAAGAAAUGGGCACAUGAACCAGCUUUGGCGAAGAUCUCCCAGGAGCUGCCGGGCCUUUUAGCACAGCACGCUCAGGCUGUCAAUGAGAAACGAUUUCCUACAUGGGGAAAAUUCCUCCAAACGUUUGUGAGUCAAGGUGGAGUCAUAGAAGCUUUCCCACCCUCUGACAGCGUCACUAACCUCGCAGUGGAUAUGCUAAUAGAACCAACUGGAGAGAUCACGGUGGUUUCUUCUGGAGACCAGAUCCAUGCUGAUGGUCCCUUGCGAUCAUCAGGGAUCACGCUCCCACAGGCUUCUGUUGAGCCAGGGGUCCUGAACACACUGUGCCGGAAGAUCGGCGAGGCCUGCAAAGCCAGGGGAGUGGUUGGAUACUUCUCCAUCGACUUUGCAACGUUCAUCCAUCCCCAGACUAUGGGCCAGCAGGUGUGGGCUGUAGAUUUGGAUUUGCACUACAGUGACCACUUGGCUUUGACACAAGUCUUGCUGUAUGUAACAAAUGGGAGGCUGGAUAGCCAGUCGAGCCGCUUUGAAGUGCAGCUUGUUCCCAAGAAACCAAAAUUCUGGCAAGUCCAAAAAGAACAACCUGAAACUGUCUCCAUAGUCAGUCGCUGUGUUGUCAUGAGCAAUUCAAUGAUGCACACCAACCUGUCCAUCAUCUAUUACAAUGUUUUUCUCCAGAUGUGCAAGGCCCAUGGGAUCGGAUAUGAUGUCCAGCAAAGAGAAGGCACAAUCUUUACAAUUUUUGAAGAGCAGAAGAGGCACAGAUUUGGAAUGCUAACAAUUGGAGAACAUCUCCAGGGGGUCCUCAUGACCUUUGCUCACCAUCUCUUCAUCAUCUAUCAAGAAUUAUCAGCACCUAAUAUGCAUGCCGAGACCAAUUUUAAGGAAGCUGUCCGAGAUAUUGAAACAAUCUUGGGAGUUGCAGAGCACAACAAGCUACAGUUUGAAGAAGAAGAACAGCAGGCCUCUAAAGCACAGGCUCCGACAAAAUAG